GCAAUAACAUUUCUCCAUGCAAAACAACUGGGAGAGAAGGUCCGGGGAAAUUUUCUUUUUUCUUUAUCUCAACCUUUAAAUGUUUGCGCAGUUUAUGACCGCAGCAAAGGGGCUAUUCAAUCGAUCGACGGACUCCAACGGAAAAAGCACACUUCCCAAAAAUUUCGCCCCGGACAGCGUUACUAGCGCCGCCGUUAUUACGCCGAAGAAGAUGGUCACAGCCACUAGACGGCGGAAAUUUACCGCCGAGCAGUCCGCGGAGCCUGAAGUUGGGGCAAGCUCGAUUGAAAAAACGGCGAUCAACGGAAAGCGCAAAUCCGAGCCAAACACCACCACCUCCUACAAGACGCAGAAUAACGGCAAACGGCGAAAGCGGGGCAGCAGCAGCCUAGAGGACGUGCAGGAAUUGGAGGACGACGAGAUGGCUACGACGACGACAGCGACGACGACUACUAGCAAUAAGAAGGCGAAGAUGGUGGAGGAGGAUAGUGAUAGUGAGGUUCAGGAGGAGACGCCAGUUGCUGUUGCUGCUCCCCCGGCCGCCAAAAAGAAGCAUUUCCGAUUCGAUAGCGAAGAGCCGGAAGUGCCUGAGAUGGAGGAGGAAGUUGCGGAGACGCCGCAGGGCGUGGAUGCGGAUGAGGAGGAGGAUAGCAGUGAUGACGAGGCUCCUGAGGCUGUUGAUAACUCCGCGCAACUGUCCAAGAUUCGGAUGGAGGCGAAGAGACAGGAGAGGGCUAAGCAAAUAGAGGAGCAAUUGAAACGAGACAAGAGAAAACAACUCGACGAUCUGCGCAAGCUCCAGGCGAAGUCGGCCAACAAGAAACGAGAGGCCGAGGAUCAGCUAUCAGAAAGCACCGAGACCCUUCAGGGUACCACGACAGAAAGUGCCCGGAGGUCUGCGCUCCCCGCUCUCCUCCCGGACGAUAUCCUGAAUGCCGCCCCCGACGUUCGCCCACCGACCCCUCCCGCCGAAGAGAUGGAGAUUGUGCAACCCAAGCCCACCAAAUUGAGGUUCCUGGACAAGAAGGAGAAGGCCCCGAAGGAUUUGCAGAUGGGCGACGUCACGAUCCGUGUGCUGGAUGGAGAUGUAUCACGGAAGAAGUCGAAGACUGCACUUCCACCCAAGUCCUCGAAGAGCAGCCAGAACGCGAGACAAGCCUGGUUGAGUGCCUCUCGCAGUACGGCCAAGGUCAACGGGAUAAGAAGAACGGCUGGCGGUUCCUCGGGGUUUGUGCGCAAAUAGCAGGUCUUUGGCGCGCUUAACUCCGUCUCGUAGUAGGGAUUUUUUAAUGAAAUCAAAAGUAUAUCCUGUAUCUAUUUUCUGUCUACAUGUUGGCUUGAGCUCGGGUCGCCAGCGAUGACUUCCGGGCGCUUUAUGUUUCUUCGCAUAGUCCAUAUUGAGUCGAGGCUUUCGGAUCUUCAUGCAAGAC